AUGAUUGUACGACAAUUUGGUGUGCGGCAGAGCCGCCAAUUGCUGGCCCUGAGUCGCCGUGCUCCGGUGUCCGCUCGCUUUCUCUCAACAGAGACAGCAGUCGAAACACCGGUGACAAGCUCACCAGAAUCCAGCGUUCCAUCCAUCAACUCACCCUUAGAAUCGGGCUCCACCCAGUCCAAGCAGAGCCUGACCGAAUCCGAGCAGCGCUGGCGAAAGUGGGAAGCUUCAAAAAAUGCCUUCCACAAGCUCGGCUCCACAACCAAAGACUCCUACGAACCAGUGCCUCUUUCCGCCUCCGAGAUCACCCUCGAACACCUUCUCGCCGCCGGUACACACAUGGGCCAUUCGACCUCGCGCUGGAACCCGCAGAACUCGCGAUACAUCUUCGGUAUCCGCGAGGGUGUCCACAUCAUCUCCCUCGAUGUGACCGCAGCCUACCUCCGCCGUGCCGCCAAGGUUGUCGAGGAAGUUGCCGCGCGAGGUGGCAUCAUCCUCUUCGCCGGUACCCGGAAGGGCCAGAAGCGGUCUGUCGUGGGUGCUGCGCACCUCGCGAAGGGAUAUCACAUCUUCGAGCGGUGGAUCCCCGGCUCGCUGACAAACGGCGAGCAGAUCCUCGGACACUGCGAGACAAAGGUCGUCAAUGCCUUCGAUGAGGAGUUGCCCGAGUUCAAGAAUGAUCUGCAGGACCGGCCGGUUGUCAAGCCCGAUCUGGUCGUGGUGCUGAACCCCUUGGAGAACGUCGUGCUGCUGCACGAGUGUGGGCUGAACAACGUGCCUACCAUCGGUAUUAUCGAUACCGAUGCUGAUCCCACUCGGGUGACAUACCCCAUCCCCGCGAACGAUGAUAGUCUGCGCUCAACGGACCUGAUUGCGGGCGUACUGGGCCGUGCUGGGCAGGCGGGUCAGAACAGGAGACUGCAGGAUGCGAAGGAUGGCAAGUUCAGUUAUCAGCCUGUUUCGGCAGACUGGUUGCGUCUGGAUCCGUUUACGGGGAUGCCACUGGAGGCGGAGCAGCAGAAGAAGAAAUAA